ACCCGUUUCUCUUUGGGUCAGAGGCUCUCAACUCUGGAUGCUUAACAGAAUCACUUUGGAAUGUUAAAAAAAAUAUCCAGGGCAAAGCUGCAUUUCUAUUUAAAUCAGAAUCUGAGAGAUGGACUCGGUAUUGUUAUUAACACACCAUAUAAUUCAUCCAUUUAAAGUUCAAUUCAGUAGUUUUAGUAUAUUCACAAAGUUGUACAACCAUCACCAUGAUCAAUUUUAGAACGUUUUCACUAUCCCAAAAAGACACCCCAUACCCAUUUAGCAGUUGCUUCCCUAACCCUCCCCAGUCUUAGGCAACCACUAGUCCUAUUCUAUAGAUUUGCCUAUUCUGGAUAUUUCAUAUAAACAGAAUCACACUGUAUUUAUUCUUUUGUGGUUGGCUUCUUUCAUCUAGCAUUAAUGUGUUUGAGGUUCAUCCAUGUUGUAGCAUGUACCAGUACUUUACUCGUCUUCAUUGCUGAGUAAUAAUCCAUUGUAUGGAUAUAGCACAUUUUUAUUACCCAUUCAGCAGUUGAUAGACAUUGGGCUAUUACCACAUUGGCUGCUAUGAAAAAUGCUCUGAACAUUUGUGUAAAAGUUUUUGUGUGAACUGCAUUUUAAUUUCUCGUGAGUAUAUACCUCGGGAGGGAAUUGCUGGGUCUUAAGUGACUCUGUCUAAGGAACUUUUGAGGAACCAUCAGGCUUGUUUUCCAAAGCAGCACUGUUUUACAUUUACUGUUAAUAUACGAGGAUUUCAGUUUCUCCACAUUCUCCUCACCCAAUUGUUUUUGUCUGUUUGGUUCCAGCCAUGCUAAUGGGUGUGAAGUGGUACCUCGUUUUGAUUUGCAUUUCCUUGAUAGCUAAUGAUCUUGAGCUUUUUAGCUAUUGUUCUAUCUUCCUGGGAGAAAUGGCUAUUCAGGAUCUUUGCCCAUUCUUUAAUUGGGCUAUUUGUAUUUUUAUUAUUGAAUUGUAAGAAUUCUUUAUCUGUAUGUAAGUCCCUUAAUAGAUACAUGAUUUGUAAAUAUUUCUCGUUUUGUCAUUUUCUUUUCACUUUGUGUAUGUUUCAAAAGUUUUUAAUUUUGGUGAUGUCUAAUUUUUUCUUUUGUUGCUUAUGCUUUUGGUGUCAUAUUUAAGAACAUUUGGCCUAAUUCAAACUCACAAAGAUUUACUAAGUUUUACUUUUAGCUCUUACAGUUAGGUCUGUGAUCAAUUUUAAGUUAAUUUUGGGUAUGGUAUAAGGAAGGAGUCCAGUAUUCUUUGCAUGUGGAUAUCCAGUUCUUUGUACUAUUUGUUGAAAGGACUAUUUCUCCAUUAAAUUUUCUUCAUGCCCUUUUCAAAAAUGAAUUAACCAUAAACAUCAGGAUUUAUUUCUAGAGUCUCAGUCUGAUUCUACUAAUCUGUAUUUCUAUCCAUAUGUCAGUACCAUGCUGUCUUGAUUACUGUAGCUUUGUAAUAAGCUUUGAAAUUGGAAAGUGGGAGUCCUCCAACUUUGUUCUUUUUCAAGGUUGUUUUGGCUAGUUUCUGGGUUCUUCAUGUUUUCGUAAGAAUUUCAGGAUCAACUUGUCAAUUUCUGCAAAAACAGGCCAGGGAGGAUUUUGAAGGAUUGCAUUUCAUCUGCCAUUGCCAUUAUACUGGGGUUCAUGGUUAUUGUGGCUUUUGCCUUAAUAAUUUUUUUUGCUGUGAAAACUCGAAGAAAGAUGGACGAAUACAACAAGUCAAAUAUUUUGUGGGACAAGGAACAUAUUUAUGAUGAGCAGCCCCCCAAUGUUGAAGAGUGGGUUAAAAACGUUUCUGCAGGCACACCAGACAUGCCUCCGCCCCUUUCAGGCUCUGUGGACAGAGUGGACAGCCCCCUGGCCUACUCUUCUAAUGGCAAAGUGAAUGGCAAGAGGUUGUAUCCCGAGUCUUCCUAUAAAUCAACACCGGUGCCUGAAGUGGUUCAGGAGCUUCCCAUGACUGCCCCUGCAGACGACGUCAGGCAGCCUCGUUACAGCAGCAGUGGUAACUUGGAGACACCUUCCAAAAGGGCUCCCACUAAGGGAAGAGCGGGAAAGACCAGGAGAUCAGAGCAAGACCACUAUGAAACAGACUACACCACUGGAGGCGAGUCCUGUGAUGAGCUGGAGGAUGACUGGAUCAGGGAAUAUCCACCUAUCACUUCAGAUCAACAAAGACAACUCUACAAGAGAAAUUUUGAUACUGGCCUGCAGGAAUAUAAGAGCUUACAAGCAGAACUUGAUGAGAUCAAUAAAGAACUCUCUCGUCUAGAUAAGGAAUUGGAUGACUAUAGAGAAGAAAGUGAAGAGUACAUGGCUGCUGCUGAUGAGUACAAUAGGCUGAAGCAAGUCAAGGGAUCUGCGGAUUACAAAAGUAAGAGGAAUUAUUGCAAGCAGUUGAAGAGCAAAUUGUCACACAUCAAGAAGAUGGUUGGAGAUUAUGAUAGACGGAAAACAUAAAAGACAGACAAAGGCAGAUGUCACAUUGUUUAAGAGAUUAAGUAUUGGACAUCCCUGCAGUGCUGCCGGAAGGCAGUGACUGUGGACUGUGACCUGGGAGGCCAAACCUUUGUGAUCAUUACAAAGUUUUGGUAGCUUUAACAUCAUCAGUAUUGAAGUAUUUUGCAAAUACCUUUUGAGAACCAACUGGGCUGAACACUCCAAUUAAGGAUUUUAUGCUUUAAACAUUGGUUCUUGUAUUAAGAACUAACUAUUGUUUGAGCUUUUUAAACCCUUAAGGAAGGCUUAGGAGUGAACUGUGCUGUGAAGUUUCACACCCUAAGCAGUCAUGUCUUAAUACCUAAGUGCUCUCAUUAGUUCACAUGAGUGACCUUGUUUAAUUCUCCCAAAUCCUCCCUUUAGGUAACUGUUUUUUUUUUUUAAUUAUAGUAUCAUUGAUAUACAAUCUUAUGUUGGUUUCAAAUAUACAACACAAUGGUUAAUGGUUACCCAUCCUCACCCCCGCUAGUGCAGUUACUAUCAAUCAAGUAAGAUGCAGGUAACUGUUAUUUAUAAUCAUUCCUUUUCAGCUGAGGAAACUAGUCCCUGGAAUAAAGUCUUUGAAGUGAAA